UGCAAAGAAAAUUAUGUGUUUGACGAAUGUUUUACGCACUAUAUUGGGUGUUUUAAUUUCCGCCUAUAGGAGUUGUUCGGCACUCCAGAAAUAGAAACCAAGUAAUUUCCACCGGAUUUUUUUCCUUCCAACAAACAAAAGAUGGCGACCAAGGCGACAAGUAAAGAUAGUUUUGGGAAGGAGUCCAUUGUUGAUGAUUUCAUGUAUGGAAGUAAUGUGGCCACAGCCCAUGUAUACAUCAGAUUGGGCUUCCUGAGGAAGGUGUACGGGAUCUUGUCUGUCCAGUUAUUGCUGACCACCAUCACUGGCUUCCUGUUCAUGUCCAGUGAGACAGUCACCAACUAUGUACAGCAAAAUCACUGGAUGCUGUUGGUUGCUAUGGUAGGAAGCAUUGGGUUGGUCAUCGCCCUGAUGAUCUACAAAAACCAGACCCCCACCAACUACAUCCUGCUCGGUCUCUUUACAAUGUUUGAGGCCUACUGUGUUGGAACUGUUGUGACCUUCUACAAGGUACACAGUGUGUUGGAGGCGUUCCUGAUGACCCUGGUGGUGGCUGUCAGUCUGACCAUGUACACUCUGCAGAGCAAGAAAGACUUCAGCUCCUGGGGGGCAGGACUGUUUGCCUGCCUGUGUGUGCUGUUGGUGGCUAGUUUUCUUCAGAUUUUCUUCCCCACUGUCCUGAUGGACAGAAUGAUUGCAGCUGGGGGUGCUCUCCUGUUCUCGCUCUUCAUCGUCUUUGAUACAAGCAUGAUGAUGCACAAACUGUCUCCCGAGGAAUACAUUGUGGCCUCUGUCAACCUCUAUCUGGAUAUCCUCAACCUGUUCCUCCAUCUUCUGAGACUUAUGGGAGAAAGAAAGUAAUGCAUCAUGGGUAAACAGGAAGUUGGUCAUUGAAAAAAAAAAGAAUGGUGUACAUUGAUGAUCAUGAGACUACAUACUCCAUAAAGUAACAUUCUACAGAGAAAAAUCAUUCAGCAGAUAAAUCAUGUGAUGUUUUGGGAGGUUUAUCUUUUGGUCUGUACUAUAUUUCAUAAAGACGUACAUUGCUAUAUGCACUGAACAUUCUCUCUAAUUUUUAAACAAAAUUUUAUCCAUGUGUAAAUACUGGUACAUGUACAGAUAAAACUAAUUUAAGAAGACUUUUUCAUGAUGAAAAAAAUGAUCAGUACCAUCUAAGUAUGAUUAUGAUAUGAUUUGCAAAAAUAAUAUGGAAUAAAUGCUUUAUUGUUCAGCUAUAGCUUUAUUUUGGAAUAUACCGGUACUUUGGAUUCAGCUUGUCAUUAAUUAAUACUGGGAAAGGAAUCAAAAACAUGAUUAAAUUUGGCUAUAAAAUAUGUGUAUACCUUACUGAGGUUUUUGAAACUUGUAUAAUUCCAUGCAAUAUGUUGAUGUUUGUAUUAUAAUAGUUUAUGAUACAUUAUUGUUUUAUUAAAGGGAACCAAAAAAUU